AUGUUGUUCUUACACGUUAUUGUAUUAGGUGGUGCUUUUUUGAGGCAAGUUUCUGGUGCUGAUUUGAUUUCAUCAACUGAAAGUAAUGAAUUUGGUGCUUAUGUCAACCCUAAUCCAAAGAAUAUUUGUGAAGGUGAAGAAUUGGAUACAUUAACUACAUGUGCAAGUGAAGUUUUAGCCAAAUUAGAUGAAUGUAAACCAGAUGAUUUAGCCUGUGAAUGUUGUGCAUUACAAAGUAUGAAACGUGAUUGUUAUGGGUUAUGUCCAAAUACUGCAUCAGGUAAUUUCCUUGCUGUUUUAUAUGAUGAUUGUGAAACUAUGAAUGAUGUUAAUGCAUGUAAUUUACCAUUUAAAAAACAUGAUUCUCAUGUUGCCAAAUUUUUAAGACCAAAUGCAAGAAUUCCAGUUGAAGAUAAAGAACCUGAUUUCAUUUUACAAUCAACACUUGAAAACCAAUCAAAUUCAACAAAUUCAUCAAUUACAAGCUUUUUAGAACAUAAACAAGACUUAGAAGAUCAUUUCCCAGGUAAUCAUUCAUUAAAUGGUACUUCAUUAAAUUCUACAAAUUUAUCAAAUUCUUCAUUUCCUUUUGAAAGUGUUGGUGCUCAAAUUGAAACAUCAACUAUUCAAUAUAUCUUACCAUUUGUUGCUGCUUUAUUAACCGCUGGUGUUACUUCAUCCUUUUUCUGA